UAAGCUAAAUAUUAUUUUGGUAUGAACGAAAAAGUUUGACAAAUUAGCAGAUGACUUCAUAAUUAAUGAUAAUUAUUAGUUGCAGCCUCAGAAAACUGGCAUAUUUUCCAGAUUCAGUAAGAAACCACAGAGACCACCAGGCACCAACCAGCUGCUGUAUGAAAAUAAAUCAUACUAUGUACUAAUAUAACUCUCAGUAUUGUUAUUAAAUUAGGGGGGGAAAAUGACUUAAAGCCUCAAAAGUGAUUCCUCUCAGCACAUGGAUUAACAGUGAGCAGUUACAGUACAGUUGUGUCGGUCAAACCUUGCAGACCUUUGGAGCAGCGGGGAGAAAAGCACAAGCAGGACUGUGCUAACUUUAUCACAAGGUCAAAGGACAAAAAUGAUAAAAACAAAAAAAGCAAAGCAAAGAGAGUCGAUUCACCACAUUUAGACUCUGUUUGCUGUAGAGGAGGAAUUUACUCUGCUACCCUGAAUGUGUCAUGGCACAGUCGGAGGACAGCGCGAGUGCCUGGAGCUGUGAACAUGUGGCCCAGUGGCUCCAGGAGGAAGGUUUUGGGGAGUAUGCUGGGUUGCUCUGCACCCAGCACCGUCUGGAUGGUCCCAGCCUUCUGGCUUUGACUGAGGCCGACCUGCGGGGUCCACCACUGGGCCUGACUGUGCUGGGAGACAUCAAGAGACUAACCUUAGCGCUCCGUCGCCUCCAGAGACGGAACCAGAACCAACUGGAGGAGCUGGGUCUCCAGCUGGCUGACGGCCACCUCACUGGGCUCUCGCAGGGUGCAGCAGGCUUGGAGUGGAGCUGUAAUGGAGCAGACAUGAGGUGUAAUGGAGGUGAUAAUGCAUGUAACGGCACAGAGCUGCGGCUGAGGAAAGGUGAUAGAUCUGGGUAUAGUACAGGAGUGGCACUGUGUCAAACACACUCCAACUGGAGGUGUCGGCAGCACCUGGCUGGCAGACUGGACCCAGAGGUGUGGAAGACAGUCAUGAGUUCCAUAUAUGUGUUUCUUGUGUUCGGAUUCACUUCCUUUGUCAUGGUGAUUGUACACGAGCGUGUCCCGGAUAUGAGGACGUACCCACCACUACCUGAUAUAUUCCUGGACAGUGUUCCAAGAAUCCCCUGGGCUUUUGCAAUGGCUGAAGCUUGCGGCCUCAUCCUGUGUUACAUGUUUAUUUUGAUCCUGCUCCUUCACAAACACAGGUCCAUUCUCCUCAGGAGGUUGUGUUCCUUAAUGGGGACAGUGUUUUUGCUCCGAUGCUGCACCAUGUUUGUCACCUCGCUCUCUGUACCAGGGCAGCACCUGCAGUGUGCCAGUCAGACAUAUGGCGAUACAUGGGAGAAGAUACAGAGGGCCCUAAUGAUCUGGAGUGGAUUUGGGAUGACGCUGACGGGUGUCCAGACAUGCGGAGAUUACAUGUUCAGUGGACACACGGUGGUCAUUACGUUGCUCAACUUUUUUGUGACUGAAUACACUCCACGGACCUGGAAUCUGAUUCACACCAUCUCGUGGGUGCUGAACCUGUUUGGCAUUUUCUUCAUCCUGGCGGCUCACGAGCACUACUCCAUCGACGUGUUCAUCGCCUUCUACAUCACCACCCGCCUCUUCCUCUACUACCACACUCUGGCGAACACACGUGCGUACCAGCACAGCCGGAGGGCGCGCAUAUGGUUCCCCAUGUUCUCGUUCUUCGAGUGCAACGUGAAUGGACCUGUUCCCAACCAGUAUCACUGGCCCUUCGACAAACCUGCCUUCAUGAAGACUCUGAUUGGUUAGAGUGGACUUCAUUAGAAGAGCAGCAGCUACAUAAGUGCAUGGACUGCGACAUUACAAACACAAAUGAGAAUAUUUUUUACUUUUUACUUGAGAUGCUGCUUCCUUGGGAUUGGGACUAUUAUAAGUUUAUUAUGUGGGAGGGUUUUGUUU